UUUUUAAAUAAAAAAAAUACAUGAAAAAUUCUAAUUUAUGAAUUUAGAAAUGUGUAUUAACUUUUCAAACUAUUGAAAAAGAAAGAAAGAAAUCAGAAACAUUUUAAAAAGUUUAGUUAAGGUGUGUUUGGAAUUUAUUUUUUUUUUAAAUGACGAAAGCAAUGUUUUUUUCUUAGUACGAAUUGUAUAUGCGAAAAAUCAAUAAAUUGUACUAAUAUUAAUGAUUUCUUUAGUAUAAAUUUAUUGUUGUAAUUGAGAUGUGAAUCUUAGAAACUAUAUUAUCAUACCUGAAAUUAAUAAAAAUAUAUUUAUCAUACAGUAAGAUCUCUUCGCACUAACACAUCCAAAAAAAGGCCGCUAGAAAAUGUCUAGAAACAAUAUUAAAAUUUAAGAUUCCAAAUUUUCACUCUUUAAAUAAAAAUUAGUAAAUAAAAUUCUAAUACUGUAAUACUCACCAGCAAUGACAUAAAAAAUAGGAUGUCAUUUGAGGUAUCAUAGAGACAGUAAUAAAAGCGAAGGAGUUUGCAAUUCUUACUUUACAAGAAAUUUUUAACAGCAUUUUGUACAUCCAAUAAGAGAAAAAGAAAACAUGCAGCACUUUAAUCACAUUAAUGGUCAACACUCGCCUUCCCACAUGUCUGUGCACAGUGAGGAUACUUAUGCUAUUGCACAAAGAACUCAUAAGCAACAAACAACUCAGCAAGUUACAACUGUAACGAAAGUUGUGAGGGAAGUCAAACACCUUGGAGCAUCUACUGAUCAAUCUGACUCAUAUGGACAGCCUAUUGAUUAUGUAAUGGGAGUGUACCAGCCUCACAAUCAAUAUGUUAAUUACAAUCAAAUAGAUGCUGGUUCAGCCAUGUUUAUUGGUGAUCCAUCAGCAGUUCAAUAUCAUCAUCAGCACUAUCAAGAUUAUGAACAGUAUCCAGCAGCAACACAGAAUAAAUUUGAUCGCUCGCAAACUUCGCCGUCUCCAGAACAGCUGGAGUCAAAUUCACCUCUGCAAAUUCAUCAACAAGUGCCACAACAUCAGAAUGCAUCGUAUUUGCAAGCGCAGUAUGAUGAUUAUAGAAUUAUUCCAGCAAGUGGAUACUCUGAUGAUCCUAAUGCAGCAGCAGCCGCAUUUUAUGGAUAUGUUUCCACUUCACCUUACAAUAGUGGUGCUAAUCCAGGCUUUGAUGGCAGAGGUUAUACUGGAACGGCAGUUGACGAUGAUGAUGAUGAAUUACAAAAGCACAUGUCCAAUCUUUCAAUGCAUAAUCAUCAAUUAGGUGCAUCCGGUGUACAGUUAGCAAGUGGAAGUGGAAAUCAGGAUACCAACCAGUCUGGUCAAAUGAGAUGGCGCGAUCCAAACUUGACAGAAGUUAUUAAUUUUCUUAAUAAUCCAAACAAUGCUAUCAAAGCAAACGCAGCUGCUUAUUUACAGCACCUAUGCUACAUGGAUGAUCCAAAUAAACAGCGAACACGAGCUCUUGGUGGUAUUCCGAUUCUGGUCAAACUCUUAGCUCACGAAAGCCCAGACGUUUUCAGAAAUGUUUCUGGAGCAUUAAGAAAUUUGUCAUAUGGCAGACAAAAUGAUGAAAAUAAACGUGCAAUAAAAAAUGCUGGUGGAAUAACAGCAUUGAUAAACCUUUUGAGAAGGUCAACUGAGAGCGACAUUAAAGAACUAGUAACGGGAGUAAUAUGGAAUAUGUCUUCUUGUGAAGAUAUUAAAAGGUCAAUUAUUGAUGACGGCUGUUCUGUCAUUGUUACUUACAUCGUGAUUCCACACUCUGGUUACGAUCCGAUUAAUCCAGGUGACACAUGUUGGAGUACAGUUUUUAGAAAUGCAAGUGGAAUUUUAAGAAAUGUUAGUUCAGCUGGAGAGUAUGCUCGAACUAAACUGAGAGAAUCAGAUGGUUUGGUAGAUGCAUUGCUUUAUGUUGUUAAAGUUGCAAUAGAAAAGACAAAUAUUGGUAAUAAAAUUGUAGAAAAUUGUGUUUGCAUUCUAAGAAAUCUUUCCUAUCGGUGCCAAGAAGUAGAAGAUCCAAACUAUGACAGACAACCGAUACCACAACCAAUACGAUCAGCUUCUUCGGCAUCCAGAAAUGAUAAUUUAGGAUGUUUCGGUGCAAGCAAAAAGAAAAAAGAUCAGAGUAGUGAUAACAAGGAGGGAUCUUUAGAUAUGGUAGCAAAUAAUAAUGGUGGAAUUUCUGGACAUGGAGCAUCUGGAAAUUUAGCUUCAUCUCGAAGUAAUUCAUUGCAAAGAAAUAAUAACGACCCUGCUAAAGGUUAUGAAUUGUUAUGGCAGCCUGAAGUUGUACAAUCAUACCUUGCACUUCUGCAAAGCUGUAGUAAUCCAGAAACAUUAGAAGCUGCAGCUGGUGCAAUUCAAAAUUUAGCAGCUUGUUAUUGGCAGCCGAGCAUAGAAAUUCGCGCAGCAGUCCGAAAAGAUAAAGGCUUACCGAUUCUUGUUGAGUUAUUAAGAAUGGAAGUUGAUAGAGUUGUUUGCGCUGUAGCAACAGCCUUAAGAAAUCUCGCCAUAGAUCAACGCAAUAAAGAAUUAAUCGGUAAAUAUGCUAUGCGUGAUUUAGUUCAAAAACUACCAUCUGGAAAUGCUCAACACGAUCAAGGAACUUCAGAUGACACUAUUGCUGCUGUUUUGGCAACAUUAAACGAAGUAAUUAAAAAGAAUGCAGAAUUUUCAAGAUCGCUCCUAGAUGCUGGAGGAGUUGAAAGGCUAAUGAAUGUUACCAAACAACGACAAAAAUAUACUCCUAGGGUUUUGAAAUUUGCUGGACAAGUUUUAUAUACUAUGUGGCAGCAUCAAGAACUUCGUGAUGUAUAUAAAAAGCAUGGCUGGAAAGAACAAGAUUUUGUUACGAAAACAAUAGCAGCAAGGAAUGCUACGCCAAACUCACCGAAUAAUGCUAUUAGUACUCUUAACCGUCCCAUGGCAUCACAAAGUGGCACUCGGUAUGAAGACUCAACAAUUAAAAGAGGAACAAGUAAAGCAUAUCAACGUGGUGGCGAGGAGGGACGUUAUCAACAACAACAGCAACAGGGAAAUGCACCGUUAUAAGUGCUAACUUCCAAUUGAUUCAAGAUUAUUAUCUAAUAUAUUAAUAGUUAGUAAUAUUAAUAUUUCAUUCGUAAUAUUGCAAGCUAUUUUAAAAAUUAAAUUUUACUAACUUAUAUCAGUGCUAUUUUUAAGGUCGUGAUUGUUUGUUUCUUUUUUGUUUUGAUUUAUGACUACGGCUAAAUCAAAAGAUUCUAUUUUAGAAAACAUCUAACAUUUAGGACCUAUAUAAUAACACUAACCGAUAUAAUAAAAUUAAUUUUAGUAUGUUUAAGUGGCUAAUCUUUUUAUUAAAGAAGAAAACAUAGAUUUACCAAUAUCAUAACU